AUGAUUGGAAAUUUUCCUGCUUCAAAAUUGUAUCAGGAUCUGCACCCUUUUCCACGGAUCGAAGUGAAAUUAAAACUUCAGCGGAAAGUCUCGCUCUUUAGACAUCACACUGGUGAACAACAAUUUCAGGCAAGAAAGUGGAACACCUCAACAUGGGAAUUAUAUGCUCUCAUAAGAGAGUAUCUUUCUCUCAUCACUUGGUUAUUCACAUGGAGUUACCACCAGCUAUGGACAAGAAAAUGGAAGGCGGCUGAAGAUAAAGCAAGGGCUACACUGUUUGGAUAUUAUGGUCUUAAUUUUGCUGUGUAUACAUUUCCUCCUAUUGCUUUGGCUAUUAUAGGAUCAUUCUUCUUGAAUUUGAAGCCAAGGGAGUCAAUAAGAAGCGGAAAAGGUUGGAAAUUGACUGCUGGCUUCUCAAAUCCAUUGGUAGUGAACACCUUUCUGGGUGUUUUGUCCACUCUAGAAAUACUAGCAGUCUUCCUCUUUAUCCUGUUCUUAGCUUGGAAUUUUUAUGCACGCAUCUCAAAUGAUUUCAAGAACUUGAAGCCUGCUAAAUCACUAAUGCUGAAUUCAUGGCAACUCAAGUACCUAAAGGUGGAAACUCGGUUUGGUUUGCUAGCAGAAGUCUGCCUGGCUUUUCUUCUUUUCCCUAUAUUAAGAGGUCUGGCCUUAUUUCGGUUGCUUGGCAUCCAGUUUGAAGCUUCUGUAAGACACUAUUUAUGGCUUGGGACUGCUAUGAUAUUUUUUGCCACUUUCCAUGGUGCAAGCACUUUGUUCAUUUGGGGGGUCAGCCACUUUAUCCAGGAGGAGCUAUGGGAAUGGCAGAAAACCGGGCGGAUAUACCUUGCCGGGGAGAUCUGUCUGGUCACAGGACGCGAAACAUGCAUUCUUUCAGCACGAAUCUUCCCCUCCAAAGCUAUAGAGCUUAUUCUACCAAAAGAUCCAGGGCCCAAGUAUACACCAACAAGCAUUAUAUUUGUGAAGGUACCAAGUAUAUCCAAAUAUGAGUGGCACUCAUUUAGCAUUACUUCCAGCUCUAGGGUUGAUGACAACACAAUAUCUAUAAUGAUCAAAUCCGAAGGAUCGUGGACAAGUUCUCUCUCCCAUAUGAUCCAAACUAGGCAAGAGUCGGAUGGCGAUCGAAGAAGCCUGGCUCGCUUCACUGAAUCACUUCCCAUCAAAGUCUUCAAGUUCAUGGCCAAAAAAGAGGUGGGCAAUAGCCCGUUUGAGCUCUCAUGGCGUCUCCCAAGAAAUGAAAAAAAAAGCAAACUUAGGGAAUAUACAGACACUGAAACAUAUAGUCGGGCUUUGCCUGUUGUCAUAGACUAUAAAGCCGCAAUUCACUUUUGGAAGGUUGACAAGUUUCACUUUGUUGUCUGCAUAAGCGCCUUUAUCGGCGUCGUUUUUGGCAACGUUGAAAUUGGACUAGUCUUAGCGGUUGCAAUAUCUGUGAUCAGGGUACUCUUGUUUGUGGCAAGGCCAAAUUCCAUGGUUUACCGAAAUGUUGAGCAGUGUCCCAAUGAAAACAAUAUUGUUCCUGGAAUUCUCAUACUUGAGAUUGAUGCUCCCAUUUACUUUGCAAAUACCAACUACGUAAGAGAAAGAAAAUGGUUGAAGAGGAGACAGAAAAAGUUAAAAGGAUUUGCAAAGGACUCCACUGUUCCUUUUAGAGAAAGACUAAAGAUCUUGGCUGGGGUGGUAACUCCUGAGGAUAUCGGUCGGAGUUCUGCUGAGAAGAAGCUUGUACAUCUCUCCCACAUGCAGGGUCCUAACUACUUUGAGAUUGAUCUGGACAUUCAUCGCUUCGACUACAUAUCAAGGAAGGGUCUCGAAUUGUUUUAUGAACGUUUUAGAAAACAGAAUAGCCAAGCGGCGAUAUUCUCUUCAAAAUAUUUUAUUUAA